CCAUUCCGCUUUCGUCUCGUCUCGCCUCGUCGCAUCGCAUCGCCUCCCCUCCCACCACCCUCUCUCUCUUUUCCCUCCCUUCCUCCCUCCCAUGGCCCGCCCCAAGAGGACGAAGCCGCCGCCGCCGUCGCGCAAGGCGGAGACGGCGGCGGCGGCGGCGCAGCGGCCGUCGUCUUCGUCGUCGUCGCCGUCGCCGUCCCUCCCCGAGGCGCUGCUGCUCGCGACGGUGUGCAUGGUCGGCCUCCCCGUGGAGGUGCAGGUCCGCGACGGAUCCGCGUACGCGGGCGUCCUCCACACCGCCUCCGUCGAAGGCGGAUACGGUGUUGUGCUAAAGAAAGCGCGAAAGAUCGCUAACGGGAAUGAUAAUGCCAAUAUUCCUCUGGGAGCUUUUGUAGAUAGUCUUGUUAUUCACCCAGAUGAUCUCGUUCAAGUCAUUGCAAAGGAUUUUUCACUCCAUACAAAAGAUGUGUGCAGAACUCCUGUUUGUGAUACCGUCGCAGCCAGUGCAUAUGUGAAGCCUCAAACUUCACAUGUGAAUGUGUUUCCACUAAAAGAGGUUAAGAAGUGCAGCACGCCAGGUGAGGAGACUAACAUCUCCAUUGGGAGAAGUUCUCCUGCCUCUCCAACUGGAUAUGUAGGGCCACGCCUCUCCUGUAACGAGAUAAUGAGUUCUGCGGUUGUUGGAUCAAAAGAUGGAAAUACUAAGAGUGCAGUUUUGACUACACCCACAAUGUCUUCAGAUGUGAAAAUCUCUCCUCCAGCCACAGUUGCUAAAACUGCCACGCCGAGCAAAACCAUUGCUAAGGAAUCCAAACUCAACCCUUGUGCUAGGGUCUUCUCUCCUUCGUUUGCAAGUUCCAGACCAGUACUUGCAGCUGCACCCUCUGUUAACCCAAUCUACAUCUCAAACUCUGUAGCUGGAGUUCCAACCGGGUUACCUGUAUUUGAAACUAACUCAGUGCCAGGCGGUUCAUCCCUGUCCAGCAAGGCUGUUCAUUAUAAUAACCUGGCUGCUGCAAACUAUGCUAUUUCACCUCAAUAUACUCAGUCAACCAUGGGGCAUAAUGUGAGCAGGCUGGAUCCUGCUAGAAUUGGCACACCUUAUCAUCCCAUGCAAGUUGGACCUGCUUACAUUAGCCCUAGUCCUCAGCCUGUUACUGGUGGGAAAUUUAAUCAUGUUGUUUAUGUACACCCAUUUUCUCAGGAUGUAAUGCAUGGAGCACCUGUUAUGCCCCAAGGAUGGUCUCUUCCUGCACCAUUGAACUCACAUCAAGCUAGCCUCCAGAAGUUCCAAGGCACAGCCCCUGUAUAUGUAGCCCCACCUAUCAUGGCAACUGGGAACCUGCCAUUGGUGGUACCAAGCCCUGCACCGCUUGUGCAGCCAUUCCAGGCCGUUCGUCCCAUCAUGGUACCUGCUGCAAGCAGCAUGGUUCCAGGCAAAUACAUGUAAACUUGUCAUAGCAGUGUGAUAUCAGUUUUUGUUGGAAGAAUCUUGGUUUUACCCCUUUGGCCGUUGGGGUUUACAUCUAAGAGGACUCGCAGUUUUGCCUAAUCUGUUAAUUCUCUUGCUAGUUGCUGGUCUGUGUCCGUCUUUUUGUUGGAAGGACUUGCAACUUUUACCAUUCUUAAUGCUUUGGCAUCAUCACGAUUUUCCUUUUUUCUUUUUUUUUUCUUUUUGGAUCAUUGGGGUGGGGGUGGUGGGGGUGUUCCAUGAGAGCAGUUAAAUGAAAUAGAGAAUAUUGAAGCAUUUUUUUUGUCAUGUCAAAUACCUUUUCCCUUUUUGAAGAGUAGCAUGUACUAUGUACAAUGAGACACUGUAAAAGAGUUAGAUAGUAAAUUGAUUGUUUUCACAGGGCUAAUGUACAUUGAUCUUGUGAACUGUUCUCAUAUAAUGACGGACAAUCCCGCUAUGAAUUAGUUUUACCUU